AUGGAGGACGGCAACCGAUACCGCGGUCCCUGCCUCUUUGCGGAGCUACCGACAGAGAUCAAACAAGACAUCUUCUCGAAACUGGAUGUCGGCUCCGUUCCCGCUCUCGCCACGGCAAGCCGUGACUUCUACAGGUCAUACGACGGCGCCGAAGGCCUAAACUGCCACACAAUUGCCGUCAGGACAAUAGGAGCAGCGAUGCUUCCUCUGGCCCUGGCGACCUAUUACUCCAGAAAGACCAACUGGAAGCAACUAGCAGUACGACCUGAUUCCGGCUGGGAGUACGCAAAUAGCCUCAAGAGGUUCACCGGUACAUACCUCGACUGUAAAGCGACGGGCCUGCGGAUAGCCAGCACAGACUUUACCUUCGACAUGGCAGCAGAUAUGGUAGAUCUUUACAACGAGGUGGUGUUUAUCGGACGACUAUACGCGGACUCCCCGUCCUCCAGCCUGCCCGGAAUGCAGCAACGACCCUCCACCCCAACGGAGCUGACGGCCAUCCACAAAGCCAUCUACAUCAUGGAGAUAUCGCGAAUGGUCCUACCCGCGCCCAAUCUUGGCCAGAUCUUGUGGUUGAAACAUUCGAGCCGCUUGCUGUGGCACUGCUUCCCGCCGUGGCUGAGCCCCCUGGUUCUGCGCAUCGAGGAGGUUCUGAGGACUCAGACGACCAAAGUCUUCACAAGGGCUCGCAAGUCAUGCUCGUACCCCAAGCUUGCCAACUGGGUCCGAUUUGGGCUGACGCGGGCCUGGUUCUCUACGAAUGGGAUCCGGGGAACGCAGCGCAUCCUCACCCGAAACGACAAGAGAUUCGUAGUCUCGUCAAUCGUAAAGGGCGCACGAGGCAUGUCUGCCCUGGAUUACCGUUACACCUUCCAUCAUGGCGACGGCCUGGACUGGUUCGACCUGGUGCCGGCCAAGUCCUUCACCGUAUCGUUGGACGCGCAGCAUCUCCUCGAUUCGUAUCCAGAGAAGGACACAGGGCUUCGCGAUUAUUGGUUCUUCCUUUUCCUGAACAAGGUCCUCGAUGGGAACAUCUUCAACAACGAGAGUCUACCUAGUCUGAUGGGUGGCACGCGAGGCGGUAUAUGCUUCGAUCGCGCUCGGUUGGAUGAACUGCUACCUGGAGUCGUGCCCAGUAUGGAGGAGAUGGCAGAGGUCACAAAGGAUAUGACCACAGAUUAUGCCGGCGAGGGAUAA